UGGCUCUGCUUGUCAAAAGGCAGCCACCGAACCCGAGGUGCGGCGAUCGCGAGCAGCGUGUCCACCCGCGGGACCAGGUGCGGACCCGGGAGCAGCGUGGAAGGGGGUCCCAGAAUAGAGAUUAGGCCCUGGGACGGGACGUCGGGAGUGCCGGAGCCUGAGUGCCCGAGCGCAAGCCCUCGAGUCUAAGUCGAUCAGGAGGUGCAUCCCAGCAUUGCAGACUUGUCCAGACUGUCAUUCCAUUUCUGCCUAGUGACCUUGUUAGUUGCUCAUCCCUGCUGGUGAGCUAUCCUUAAAGAGCACUCCUGACCUAGCCUACCUGAAAGGAUACAUGGCUGCUAGCUUCGUCUGAUAGUCUCCCGUAGACAAUGUGCUGAGCACUUGACUUCUGUCUUUAAUUCUCACAGCUUUUCUGUGGGAGUCAUUUGGGUUGAAGCACCUGUGAGACCUCCUAGAAGGGCCCUGUGGGCUUGAUGUCUCUGCCCCCCACUCCCUCAGGCAGGCCUCCAGCUGACUCACUGCAGACUUGGAUAGGGAGCCCUGCCUCUGCUCAUGGGCGUCAGAGUAUCAGAAAGCACCACAAGGGGAUGGAGGCGAUGGCAGCCAGCACUUCCCUGCCUGACCCUGGCGACUUUGAUCAGAAUGUGCCCCGGAUCUGUGGGGUAUGUGGAGACCGAGCCACAGGCUUUCAUUUUAACGCUAUGACCUGUGAAGGCUGCAAAGGUUUCUUCAGGCGAAGCAUGAAGCGGAAGGCGCUGUUCACCUGUCCCUUCAACGGAGACUGCCGCAUCACCAAGGACAACCGACGCCACUGCCAGGCCUGCCGACUCAAGCGCUGCGUGGACAUUGGCAUGAUGAAGGAGUUCAUCUUGACAGACGAGGAGGUGCAGCGGAAGCGGGAGAUGAUCCUGAAGCGGAAGGAGGAGGAAGCCUUGAAGGACAGCCUGCGGCCCAAGCUGUCUGAGGAGCAGCAGCGCAUCAUUACCAUCCUGCUAGAAGCCCACCAUAAGACCUACGACCCCACCUAUGCCGACUUCACCCAGUUCCGGCCUCCAGUUCACGGUGUUGAGGGUGGAGGGAGCCAUCCCUCAAGCUCCUCACUGCACACACCCAGCUUCUCUGGGGAAUCCUCCUCCUCAGAUCACUACACAACCUCUGCAGACAUGAUGGAGCCAUCCAGUUUCUCCAACCUGGACCUGAAAGAAGGCGACUCUGACGACCCUUCUGAGACUUUAGACCUGUCCCAGCUCUCCAUGCUACCCCACCUGGCUGACCUGGUCAGUUACAGCAUCCAGAAGGUCAUUGGCUUUGCCAAGAUGAUACCAGGAUUCAGAGACCUCACCUCUGAGGACCAGAUCGUGCUGCUGAAGUCAAGUGCCAUUGAGGUCAUCAUGUUGCGCUCCAAUGAGUCCUUCACCAUGGACGACAUGUCCUGGACCUGUGGCAGCGAGGACUACAAGUACCGUGUCAGUGAUGUAACCAAAGCUGGACACAGCUUGGAGCUGAUCGAGCCCCUCAUCAAGUUCCAGGUGGGACUAAAGAAGCUGAACUUGCAUGAGGAAGAGCAUGUCCUGCUCAUGGCCAUCUGCAUUGUCUCUCCAGACCGCCCUGGGGUGCAGGACGCUGCACUCAUCGAGGCCAUCCAGGACCGCCUGUCCAACACGCUGCAGACCUACAUCCGCUGCCGCCACCCACCCCCAGGCGGCCACCUCCUCUACGCCAAGAUGAUCCAGAAGCUGGCCGACCUGCGCAGCCUCAAUGAGGAGCACUCCAAGCAGUACCGCUGCCUCUCCUUCCAUCCCGAGUGCAGCAUGAAGCUCACGCCCCUCCUGAUGGAGGUGUUUGGCAAUGAGCUCUCCUGACUAGGGCAGCAUGAGGAAGUGCCCGGGUGGGGCCGCCCCUCAGGGGCUGUGUGCCCAGGCCUUGGGCUGGCCACUGCCCAGCAGCUCUUUCUGCCCACCCUGGAGUUCAUCCCCUUCUCCCUCGUGCCCUUUCCAUGCCCAGCCCAUGCUCUCUCCUGCCCAACCUAAAUGCCAGCCCCCUUCCCUGCAGGCCCCAGGCUGCCCCAUCCCUGCAGACCUCAGUCAAGAGGAGUUGCUGUCUAUUUGGCAAAGAAACUCAAAUGGGGGCAGAGGGCAGAGGCCAAAAGGCAGGGUCCUUCCCAGGGAUGCCCCUACCACUCUGGAAGUGGCUGCUGGCUGGUGCCCAGGGAGCAGGCAGGCGGAGAAACGCCCCCAUUCCUCAGGGACCAAGAUACCUGUACCUCCCCCCACUCCAGGCCUGCCUGUCCAGAGCCUGGUGGGGACCUCUCUCCCCCUACCGUACCCACAAUAAAUAACUGGCCCACACACCUACUCCACUCCCAUCCCAUCCUGUCAGUCUGUGCUGUUCUGUCCCAGAGCAAAGGAGCACAAUGGGGCCUCCUUCCUCUGGCCGGUCGAGGACACUCACUGCCAAGGAUGACCAAAAUCAAGGUGACUGAGGUCACACCUUCCCCCACCUCUGCUGCCCAAAGGGUACUUGCCUAGCCCUUCAGUGCCCCCUUCAUCCCGUUGCCAUGGUAAGCCCCACCAUUCUCCUAGCAGUAGCUCUGAUAAGUUAGGCUUUCUCCCCAUUGCUAGGGCCACUGGCCCAGAGCCCAUCUGCCUGGAGGCCCAGCAGGGGAGAAAGCAGGGCCUGGGCAGUGGGGAAUGGAAAAACCCAGCCUCAGCAGAUGGGGCCACAGGCUGCCGCUGCCACCAAGCCCAUGCCUUCUCAGCCUGGAGCCUAAGGAGUGGUGUGGUGGAAGCUUUCCCUCCAGUGAUCCAUGUGGCAGGACUGAGUUGCCCCUGAGCAGAAAUCACCCAGCACUGUCCUACUCCUCACCCCACCAGUGCCUUACCUCCCCACCCAGGAGAGAGGACCUGCCACUGGCUCCAGACACUACACCCCAGCAGCCAUGGAGACUGGUGUGCCUCACCCUAUGAUGGCCAAGGGCUCCAGAAAUUGGCCCACUCUCCUAACCACCCCAGAGCCUGCAGAAGCAGUGCCAUUUCUACUUCUCAGCUGGGGGCCACAUCUUUUCCACCUUGCAGGGUGGAUGAAGAAGAAUUUUCAAACCCCAACAUCCCAAGUCAUGCUCUUCUACCUGCCUAGUAUAGUUCCAAGACUACUGUUUACUCAGCAGAACCAGGAGUGAGUGCUCCACCCACCUCGGUGUAGGUGGAGGGAGAGAGAGUUAGCCUCUGGUGGCUGGUCAGAGAGAGCAUUUAGGGCUUGUUCCCUUCUUAGCCUCAUUCCACCUCCCAAAAGUCUAAAGGGGCCCAUGAGUCAGGGUGGGGAGGGGGCGUCCAUGACUCCUGAGCCAGCCCAGCAUGUGGGAACUUUGGGUCAGUUUGCUCGGGGCGGGGGAGGGAGUUGUCCUUGGUGAGCAUGAGUUGUAGGUGUGUGGGACCUGUGUAGAUGGAACUUCUUCCAUCGGGAGUCAUGGAGGGCUCUUCAGAGGAUUACUUGAGUUUGGGGACCACAGCUGCAUUUGCUGUGUCAACUCUGUAACCACAGUGGGAACAUGGACACCCAAGCCCCCAGAGAAUGUACCCCUGAAGUCUCUGGCAGGAAUCAGACUUAACUUGGGAAGAGCUGUCAGUGUCCACCUGGCUCAGUGUUUCUCAGCAUGCUUCAGGUGGAAAAACAUCUGAAAGCCACGUGCUUACCACACAUAUGGCUUAAUCUUCAAUUUAUGAGGUAUGAGUGUUUUUUUGAAAUCACACCCCAUCUUGUACUACAUUUUAAUAUAGAGGGUAGCAAGCACCACUGAUCAAGAGAUAUUUAUGGAGGGAGAACUUACCUUGUGAAAAUUCUAUACAUUAAUUAUUGUUGUUGUUAUUCUACAAAUUAGGGAGAGGCCCUUAUUUGAUUUUAGCUGCAGAACACAUUGGUCCAGCUUGCUUUUCAGAAAAAGCUUGAAAAUUGCUAAGCUCGUUCAACCCUUUGUUAAGGAAAACUGACGCUUCUUCUGGAGGAGUACAUGACUGGCCCAAGCUUGUGUAAUUAGUUAGAAGUGGCUCCAGAACUCGACCCAGGCUUUGGGCUUGUGGCCCAGUGCUCUUUUCAUUACACCACCCUUGAGCUCCGACCCCAUUUGCCACCCCCUGUGAGCUGAUCCAGUCCCUUGGGGGCAGCCCUGGGGUUUGGACAGAGCUAGCCUAGAUCCAGGAUCCCUUCCAUCUUUCCUUCCCUGGGUUGUAACCCGCUGACCCAGUAGAGGGGAGAGGAGGGGGCACCUCUGCCUGUGUCUCAAUGUGAAUCAGACCCCUCCCCACUGUGGCCCUGGCCUGAUGGGGCCUCUGCCUCAUCUUGUAUAAGGCUGUUGCCUUAUCAAUAAAAUGCAUUUGUCUUUGUAAUGUCUCCACCUUUCCAGCUCUCCCUCUGGCUCUGGCUUCUCCAGGGAAUCGAUAGAUACUGAGAACAUCAGUUACACAGCCCUGGAGCCCCCAGCAGCCCAGACUACUCCCCAGGGGAAGUCUAAGAACCGAGAGGAAAAGAGAAGUAGGAAAAAUGAGGUUUCAUGGGGCCUGAACUGGAAAAAAAAUUAUCAUUUAUUCUCUUUUAGAACGAGAGAGCCUGAAAGGCAUUUAUAAAUGUAAGACUUUUAAAAUAUAUUAUUGGAAGCCCAGGAAAGUGCACACUAAAAUGCCAAAUAAACAAGAUUCUAAACCCAAAAAAACAAACUCAUUGCUGUCCAGUCGAUCCAACUCAUAGUGACCCUGUAGGACAGAUCAGAACUGCCCCAUAGGGUUUCCAAGGAGCUGCCGGUGGAUUCGAAUGGCCGACCUUUUGGUUAGAACAUUUAAUCACUGCACCAGCAGGGCUCCAAUAAGACUUUAGGAGACAGGAAAAUCCUCCUGCUCGCUAACUAGAAGCAAGUAGGAGAAACCAGUUGAGGCCAACAGGGAAGGUUGGAAAGUAUGCCACAUUGGGUGAAAGCUGGAAAUAAAACAGAAAAAGAAGGCUGUAAAGAGUGCCUCCUGAGUGAUUUCCAAAGAGAAAAAAAAGUUUACCAGAAGUUUGUCAAACAAUGAAGAAAGCUUUGUUCAUGGUAAUACAAACAGCUCAUACUUACAUAACACUUACUUUGUGGCAAGCUCCGCUGUAAAUAAAUGCUUUAUGCAAACCAA